CAGUUUCCAGGAGGUGCUUACAAGACUCCACCCACCAUUUUUCAGUUGCUAGAAGACGAAGGGUUGACUGUUCCUGAGCAUCUCAAGUUCUUCCCCUACAGAGCUACCUUUGACUUUGAGUGUAUGUUUACAUCCGAGACAGACCUUAACGAUACAGAAAAACUGACUUGGAACGCUAAACAUGUACCCCUCAGCGUGAGUGUCUGUUCCAACGUUCCAGACUACGAACAACCCAAGUGCUUUGUGUCAGAUGGGGACUCUAAACAACUCGUCAAAAAGAUGUUAGAACACCUCGUAAAAAUAAGUGAAAAGAGUUAUGACCUGUUAAGAAAAGAAUUUAACUUUCUUUUUGAAGCCAUCGACCAAAAGCUGCAAGACCUACAGCAAAAAUCAGAAAGUUGUGAACCUUCCAGAGACAAGACAGCAGAGGACAGCACCCAAGAGGAUAGCGAUGAUGAAGGAGAAGAUCUCAUGGACACAGAUGAUGAAGAAGAAAUCGAGUCUACCGAAGAAGAUCGUGUCUUUAUUGACGAUGACGUAGAAGAACAAGGUGCCUCGUUUUACAGGGCCUUAGAUCGCCAACACGAGGAUCAGAGUAAAAAUGAUCACAAGUGUGAAUAUCACAGACCAGAGGACAAUAGCCCAGAACCAAAGGAGAAAAAAGUGCACCCUUUAAAGAAACUGAGAGAUCGUUUCCAAGAAUAUCUGCAAGAACUUCCUGUCCUGGGCUUCAAUUCUAGUAAAUAUGACUUGAAUUUCUGUUUCCUGUCCUGGUCCAGAAUGAAGGCGUUCAGUUUACUAUCAAGCGUAACCACAAUUUCAUGUGCCUUAAGACCCCACAUCUUCGCUUCCUCGACGUUACCAACUUUCUUGCUCCCGGUUUCAGCUACGACAAAUUUCUGAAGGCCUACGAGUGUCCUCAAACCAAGGGGUUCUUUCCUUAUCAAUGGCUGGAUUCUCUGGAGAAAUUAGAACACCCUUCCCUCCCACCUCACGAAGCCUUCUUUUCUACGUUAAAAAACAAGAACAUUUCUGAAGAAGACUACCAGUACUGCCAACAAGUCUGGUCGAACAAUAAUAUGCAGACCUUUCGAGAAUUUCUCAUCCGGUACAACAACCUAGAUGUCCAACCCUUUUGUGAGGCCCUGGAAAAAAUGUGCGCCUUCUGGAAAGAUAAAAAGAUCGACAUGUUAAGACAAGGUAUUUCUAUUCCCGGUGUUACCUUGACGUACCUCUUUACCACCCUGGAAUCUGGCAUCUUCUUCUCUCUUUUUGACGAAAAAAACAAAGAUCUGUACUAUCUCUUUAAGAAAAAUAUGGUGGGUGGCCCUAGUAUAAUAUUUCAUCGAUAUCACGAGGCGGGAAAAACCAAAAUCAGAGAAAAAGAAAUGGAGGAUCAAGGAAAACAAGCAAAAACCUGUCAAAAGAUUCUUGGAUACGAUGCCAAUGCUUUACAUCUAUGGGCCAUCAUGCAAGACAUGCCCACCGGAUCAUUUACAAGACGACGAGAGGAAACUGGCUUCAAGAGAGAAAGUUCUUCCAGGAUGGCAACCGAGUGGUUAGAGUGGAAGGCACAUGAAGGAGGAAUUUUUAUACGCCACCAAAUGAACAAUACAGAAAAACGCAUUGGUGAAAGAAAAAUACCAGUGGAUGGUUUUCACGGUCCUUCGCAAACAGUCUUUCAGUUCCAUGGCUGCUGGUGGCAUGGGCAUAUCUGUCAUCUUACUAAAGGAAUAGAAAUGAACGAAAAGAGAAAAAGACCAAUAGCGGAGUUACGAGAAGAAACCAAAGAAACCUCCAAGUACAUCAAGGAUCAGGGGUACCAUCUUGUGGAAAUCUACGAGUGCCAGUGGCGACGAAUUAAGAAAACCAACUCACAAGUUCAGCAGUUUCUUAACUCCAAGUUUAACCGCCCUCUUGAUCAUCACAAGACUCUGACACAAGACCAGAUCUUAAGCGCAGUAAGAAGCGAGUCCCUCUUUGGAGUGGUCGAGUGUGACGUUAGAGUACCUGAUGCACUAAAACCCAAGUUUGCAGAAAUGUGCCCCAUUUUCAAAAACAUAGAAAUUUCAAGAGAAGAUAUUGGUCAACACAUGCAAACCUUUGCCCAGGAAGAGGACAUCAUGUCACAACCUCGAAGAAGUCUCGUUGGUAGCUAUUUUGGUGAGAAGAUCUUAUGGCUUCUCCACUCAUUAAUUAUAAGUGGUACUUGGAGCAUGGUUUGGCAAGCUGUAUCGGAUGCUAGACGGGCUGGAGAUGUAGACCCAAACAAAGCCAUCAUCGUAGACACUAUGAAAUUGGUAAGUUGUUCUCCUAUUGAGGGAAAGGAGGAAGAAAUACGUUUUAAGGUACAAAAAAACUCAUACCAAUGUUGUCUUUUUUCAUAGGUGGGGAACUCGAGUUAUGGAAAGACGAUAACCGAUCAAGAACGCCACCGAGAAGUCCAGUUUUGUGAAGAAACCAAAAAAGUCCCGCUUAAUAAACAAACCCUUCUUUAGACAGGUUGAACAGAUUGAAGAAAAUACGUUUGAAGUGCAAUCUUGCAAGAAAAAAAUCAAGUUGAACUUUCCCAUGCAGAUAGGUUUUUUCGUUUAUCAAUACGCUAAACUUAGAAUGCUUCAGUUUUAUUUUGAUUUCAUGGAUAAGUAUCUUGAUCUUAGCGAUUUUCAGUAUUGUGAAAUGGACACCGACUCUGCCUAUAUCGCGAUCGCAGGGCAAUCGGUAGAAAGUUUAGUAAAAUCAGAGUUAAGAGAGGAACUUGAAGCAGACAAGGCCAAUUGGUUUCCACGAACCGACACUCCAAAACACAAAGCUUAUGACAAAAGAACACCAGGUUUAUUUAAGGAAGAGUGGUCAGGGACAGGAAUAAUUGGUCUAAGUAGCAAGACCUACUAUUGCUCUGGGGCCUAUGAUAAGUUCAGUUGUAAAGGGGUUAACAAGAAAACAAACGACAUUAACAAAGAAAAAUAUCUUAAUGUUCUGUUGACCAAACAGAGUAGUGCAGGGUUAAAUAAAGGUUUUCUGGUAGUCAACAAUAGCAUGUAUACUUAUGAACAAGUUCGAGAUGGGUUUUCCUACUUUUACCCCAAAAGAAAAGUGUUGGAGGAUGGAGUUACCACUAUGCCUCUAGAUAUAUAAAAUUGUGUUGUAAAUUAAUUGCUGUGUUAAAAAAAAAUGAGUAUCAAAAAUUGUAGCGUGUGUGAUUCAUAAAUAAAACAACUUAGAAAAAACGCGUUUCUUGUAAUUCUCUGACCUAAGGCGCUAGUGCGUUCCCACGCAAAACUUCCCCACGCGACCUUCUCGCGUGUUCCUGAGAGAAAAAAAAACACUCAAUUUCUGCCCUUUAUGCCCUUGGUGCCCGUUGUGCCCUCGAAAAUAAACGAUAAAUUUCGUGUCGCAAAUAGAUUUGUUCAGUUUAAAGUCUGCUUUCGUACCGUUAACAUGAAAAAACUAAAAUGCAAGCAUUGUCCUGUUCCCGGCUGUGGGUCAAAAUUUUUAGUUCGACUAGCAAACCAUUUGGCUCAGGUACACGAGCUGUCUGACUUAGAGAGAAAAUAUUGGCUCCAGUUUGCUAAAUUACAAAAUACCAACAUGAUUCGUGUAUAUGAUAAAGAUACUCCACCAAAGACCAUUUCUCGAUUAAUAAGAGCAAACGCAGUUGAACCAGUCAGUUGUCAACAAGGACCCAAGGUGGAAACACCCCUUUCCUGCUAUUGUAGCUGGCCCCCUUGUUGUGGAAAAAGUCAGUUUGUCAAACACCUGUUGGAAUCUGGAGAAGAAUUAAUAGACGGAGCUCCUGAAAAUAUCAUUUGGUGUUAUGGGAUAUGCCAACCCGCCUACGAUGAGAUGCUAAGGACUAUUCCCAACAUCACUUUCGUCGAAGGAGUUCCUAGUGAUUUAGAAUCCAUGAUAAACCCAACCAUUCGGAAUUUAGUAGUCAUUGACGAUUUAAUGCAGGAGCUUAGCAAUGAUCAAAGAAUUACCAAUUUGUUUACUAAGGGCUGUCAUCACCGAAAUUUAAGCGUUAUUUUCAUUCUUCAAAAUAUUUUUCACCGCGGAAAAGAACUGAGAGACAUGAGUUUGAACUGCCAUUAUUUGGUGAUGUUCAAGUCUCCGCGCGAUAGCAGUCAAGUCAGUCACUUGGCGAAACAGAUGUUUCCCGGUCAUGUCAAAUACAUGCAAGAAGCGUUUCAGGAUGCGACAAAACGCCCUUAUGGCUACCUGUUAUGCGACCUCAAACCGGAAACGCCUACCGACUUCCGGUUGCGCACAAGCAUUUUCCCUGAGGAGACUCAGCUCGCCUAUGUCAGAAAGGUAUAAAAAAGCUCCAUCGUAGUGAUUGAUAUCAGUUGAGUAUGGCCCAGCGACUAAGAAAGAACCACGAUUUUCUUAAGCUCCUUGUCAAGUGUACCCCAGCUCAACGUAAAGCAAUUUUGAAAGAAGCCGACGACUCUUUAGUGAGAACCAUUUGUGAAUGUCUAUUCAACGUACUUAAAGAAACAGUCCCUGUCAGUAAACCGGCAAAGAGAAAACUUCUUAAGCACAAGAAAGCCUUGACUACUUUAGCUGAAAAGAGUAACCCGCUAAACAAGAAAAAGCAAAUCUUGGUACAACACGGAGGAAACUUUUUAAGUGUUUUGCUACCUCGCGUUCUUCGGGUCUUGAGCUCGCUUCUUACUUAUGAUGAAUCAUACAAGACGCAUGGUUCUCGUUCCUGAGAACACUCUGGAGCGAUUGCAGCAACGUCAGCAGAUAUUAACUCUACCUGUAACACAAACUCUGAAAAAUCUGGAUAGCCACAUGGGGGAUAUUUUAGAAAAUAAACAGCUUGAUGAUGAGGAAAAGGCGAAACUUUACAAUCAGGUGUUGCAAUGGUACUUGACUUAUUACGAGCAGCGGAAAGGCCAGCCUCUCCAUGUGAAGUUAAUGACCCUUAAAACAACAGAAACCCCCAAACCAGUUGAGAACGCAGAAUCUACAGAGGAAGCUUCUCCAGAUAAUUCUCUUCCAACAGCAGUAGAGCUAGAGGUCAUGAAAAGUGUACCGAAAAUUUACAAAGCCGGGGCUAGACAGUUGUUGGAUAAAAUUAAAAAACACCAGGAUGUGUUACAUUGGAAUGAUAAAGGAGAGCUGUUGUAUGAAAACAAACCAAUCCCAGGUUCUCAUGUGGUCGACCUAGUCAACGACACAUUGCGUCACCGAAAAGGAUUUGAACCAGUGGGGUGGUCCGUUUUUGCGAGGGGCCUGGCGCGAAUGAAUGUCCCCGAAAACUUGGUUCGUAAUCCCCAACGUCAGAGUGCCAUAAGAGAGUUUAAAGCAAGA